GCUCGACGCUUGUGAAAGCUUUCAGCAAGCAGCGUCAGGACGCCAUAUUGGUUUGCAGUAGUUUUCGUUGGUUUAUAAGGCAACUUUUGUGCGAGUUCUCGAAACAAAGCACAAUUUUGGUUUGACGAAGUGCUGCUAGAGUUGGGAAAAGCAGUUAGAAAGGACGCGCGGUGAACACAGUGUAUGUGACUGAUGUGAGACAAGUAUUCGUCAACACCUAAGCAGUACAAAUGAACAAGAUGACGCGAUACGCGGAGGCCAAAUCGGUGAAAGUGGACAACUGGGGUGUGUUUUUCCUGCAGAAGCUUCAAAACUUUUUCAACAAAACCGACCACUGCGAUCUGACGCUACAGUUCAACGACAACUCCCAGUUGAAGGUGCACCGGCUGGUACUGUCCGCCUGUACCGAUUACUUCAACCAUCUGGAGAACGUGUGCGAGAUGUACGACGACGUGCUGAUCAUGCCGAUGGACCUGCAGGCCGACGUAAUAGUGCCGAUCGUUAACUUCAUGUACACCGGAACGCUCGAAUUCCAGUACAAUAUGUACGACCGGUUGCUGAAAACGGCCACCGAUAUGAACAUGACCGUGCUGUUAAAGCUACUGGAGGCCCACCGUCAAACGUCGUCGCGCAUCGUGAAGCAACCGGUACUGCUAAACAAACAGGCACCUCGUGGCCGCGGUGUCGCCAUGUAUCAGGGUGCUGGGCCGCGUGUUAUGCCUGGACAGAGGGGACCCACUAUGGGGGGCAGGCCCCGUUUACCGAUGGUACGACAUCCGGUGCAUUCGUACGGCCACAAAGGGACGGCCGGUGUUAACACAAAGGACGUCAAACCGGGUCCUUCACGUUUCGAUGACGGUGAAAUGGGCGAUGGUUUCGAGGGAUCGUUCGAUGGGAUUACGUACGAAACCAAACCCCUGCUGACGGCCGAUCAGGUAAAGAAGGAGGAAGAAACUUCACCGUUUGAAAAGCUGCGCAAAGGUUACACCAACGCAAACGUGGUGAAGCGAGCGUCCAGCGGUUCACUCACGUCCCCGCCGGCCAAAAAGCCCAACCUCGAUGAGGUGAAAGAAUUCACCGAAGCGGCACGAAUGCGCAGCCAGCUGACGACGCACGAUGACGAUUCGCCGGACUAUGUGGACGACGAUACACACUUCAAUGAUGAUGACGAUGAGGACUAUCAGCCACCGGCCUCGGUUAAGGCUGCGUUGGCAAAGUCUGCCAACCAGCAGGCAGCAUCAGCCAAGCUGGCCAGCAUCAAGCAGGAAUCGAAGUCACCGCGAUCGGGUGAAAAUUCUUCCGCUAUGAAGCAGAUUACCGUAAAGGACGAAUCCGGCAGCGUUGAUCAUGCGAAGAUCAUAUCGGAAGUGCUGAAGAAAUAUCCCCAUCUGGUGAAGAAGAACAAAAACAUUAAGUUGAAAAUCAUGCAGAAACCUUCACCGACUAAUGCCAACAGCAGUUCAAGCGGCGCAACAUCAUCCGGAUCAAAAAUGGAGAUUCGUACCUCAACGCCUUUAAAACAGGACCUCUCGAUGGUACGCCGUGCGACGGCUAGCUUACGCAACGAAGCAGUUAAGACACCAUCCAGCACCUCAUCCGCGACGACAUCCACCGGGAAACCGGCGGCCAGCGGCACAACCAAAACGAUCGAUGCAAAAACAAUGCACGCACUGAUCGCGAAGGGUGCGGAAAACACGACCGGGCCAUGGUUGUGUCUGCGGUGCGGCAUUAACGGGCGCCCGAUUAGCAUUCCCAGCUACAAAGCGUUCUACAAUCACUUGAUCCACAAGCACAAGGAACGGAUCGAUGUGCGCAUUUGUGAGCACUGCGGGUACAAGGCGCAGCAGCGCAAUCCGCAUCUGAUGUAUCACUGGCUGACGGAGCACAAAAUUAAACCCCCGAUUAAGUUCCCACGGUGUGACGAAUGCGAUCACGUCGCAAUGACCGCCGACGAUCUGCAGAAACACGAAGAGGAAGUGCAUACGCGCGGGGAUCUGCAGCAGUGCAUCUACUGCAACAAGGUCUUCGCGAAGGAGAUGGAGCUGUACGAUCACAUGAAGGUGCAGCACAAGGAGCGUGCCAUCGCGGACGGUGUGCUCGAAUUUACCGACGACGAAGACUAUCAAACGGAGGAAGAGUUGGCGUCCCCGCAAAGCAAAGCGUACCCAGCGGCAGGAAGCAGCGGAGAGGGUAAAAUCAAAAUUCUUUCCAACAUUACGCUUCCACCCGCGAAAGGAGCGGGCGCGAUCGGUUCGGCACGCCACAUCACACUCGAACCAUCGUCAGAAGCGGAAGCGCUCAGCAAUGUUGCGUCCGGCAUUGCUACCAGUCUGACCCUUGUCGGUGACAACGGGGUUGUGAUCGAUGAUCCCAACUACCAGAAUCAGUUCAUCGAGGCGGAGCUGGCCAGUGUGCAUGGAGAAAGUGCAACCAGCGGCACGGGUACGGACACCGUCCCGAAGCUGGUGACAGCUGAUGGAACCGAGUUGCAGCUUACACAGUCACAGAAGGAUGAAAUUAUUUCCCAGCUGCAAAGCACCGGCAGUGGAAAUGACGUUGUAAUGGUAUUGAAUGAGGACAACUUUUCCGUCGGUUCCACGAUACAGUUGGACGAAGGCGUCCAGAUUGUUGAUACCUCCGCACAGAACAUUAUGGUGAUGUACAGCCAAACGGCCGAGGGUGGCUCGGAACAUAACGAUAGUCAAAAAUCCGAUUCGAAAGCGGCCGAUGUGACGGCUUCGGAGGAUGAAUUUUCGCAAGCAUCCGUGUCGCUGUCCGAAGACAAGGCAGCAUCGAUCGACGAAAAGCAAGUGUCAAUGGAAGAAGCGGAUGAAAGUCAAGGAUCGCGCCAUACGGACAAGCCGGAUGAAGACGAAGGCAACACAAUGGACGACGUGGAUAUGGAAACGAACGAAACGUUACAGCAAGCCGUCAAGGAUGAGUUGUUGGAUUUGGAGGAAGAAUUAAGAGCUCCCGACACGUCGACCGAAGGAGCGAAGGACGACGAUUUGGACGACUCGGAAGAUCGCCAGCAGUCGGAUAAAUUGAAGUUGAUUUCCGAGCUGGAAGGUGACUGGUCGGAGGAUACUGCAGACGAUCAGCCUGCCGCCGUCGCUCCGGCGGACGCUGAAGCUUCGGAAAAGUCCGCCAAAAAGGUGACUGUUGAUAAGAAACCAUCAACCACUUCUACUACUGCUGUUGCUAAAUCAGCGUCAAAGUUGGACACAGACAAAAAGGCGACAGUGGAGACAGGUACGGCGGCGACAGGGAAAAAGAAACCUUCUCCCGUUGAGCAAGCAUCGGCCAUCAAGGAGCGUAAAAAGUCAGCCGACGAGAAAGAGAUCUCGGAAAAGGAGAUCGACAAAUUGCUCGAUGAUUGGAACAACGAGGCCAAGCUGGAUGAGCUCGAGGAAGAGGCGGAUCUGGAGAAGGAAAUGGCAGAGGUAACUGGCGGGAAGGCUGCAACCGGUGAGGGUGAAAGCAAAAAGGCGAAAGACAUUAAAAAGGAAUCCCUACCGGUGAAGGACGAGAAAGCAGAUGUGCGCGAAGGCGAUGAUGGUAAGCAAAAAGAAGAUGCCGCGAAAAAGUCACCAGAAGCAAAGGAAAGCAGUACGGCGAAGAGUGCUAAGAAAAAUGGAACGGCAAGUGGUGAAGCGGCGGCAAAAGCGAAGCCAACCACCAGUGAACUUGAAGAGGAUGAAGGUGUUGAUGAUGAGGACGAUAAGGACAAAUCAUCCUCCAAGUCUAAGGAAGUUAGUUCACUGCUAGGCGAAUGGGACGAGGACGAUGAUCUGUGAAGCGGAGAUAGAGUUCUUUUUCGUUGGCCAAUUGUGUAAUCUAAUCGCUUGUUUUGCGUCAACACUAGUGUAGUGCAAGGACUCAUUUUUACUAGUUUAGUUGAAAAAUACGAUACGUGGUGGUCGAUUUAGCUUUUUUUUUAUUCAUACCCAUAGUAUGUGGUAUCUUUGGCCGAACGCUUAGCACGGCUCUAUGGGACCACCCGGCACGAUGAGCGAGAUUUAAUUUUAUUUUUGAUUAUGUUGUGUUUUUAAUUUCAUCUAACACAAAAGUACUAACAGUAAACUGUAGGAGGAAGGUUAUGGUUAUAGGAAAUAAUAAGGUGAAAAAUGGUAAAUUUUAGCGAUUGAAAUUACGUUUACAAAAAGUAGGUGUCAAUGCUAAUAUUCUGCUUAGAAAAUUUACUGGAAAAAUUACUUUGUAUUUUGCUAUGAUUUUUAAGCAAUUGCUAAAACUUUCUUGUGUGUUCUUUUCGUAUCGUUAAGAAAAUGAAGUAUGGCUUAGAUUACUCAUGCUUUAAUGUAUGCAUGUCUUUCUAACUACAUACACCGUAUGGGGAACUAUCGUGAACUGGGUUGAAGAUGUGCGACAAAUAAAACAUUUCGGUUUUAUUUCUUAGGUAUACAAAUGAUCGUAGGAAAAAAAGAUUAAUUUGUAAGCUAUAUUUUAUGUAUCCUUAGAUGCAAAAGAUGCAAUAAAUACAACUAUUUCACACGUAA